AUGAAAGAGCUGGAUGACUCGCUUUCACAGGCAUCGCAGGACCAGAGUCUGGCAGCCCACCAGGCGCUUGUGGAUUUAAAAAAAACCAAAAUGGCAACCAAACAGCUCUUUCAGAACAUUUAUGACAUUCAAAAAAAGGCGACGCAGUCAGAGGUUAUGGUAAAGACAAUAUGUCGCGACAUCAAACAGCUCGAUUACGCCAAGCGUAAUCUGCAAACUACGCUUACAGCGCUAAAGCGAUUACAUAUGCUGGUUAACGCAGUGGACCAGCUCGAGUUUAUGUCCUCGCAGCGCAACUACCUCGAGACUGCUUCCCUUCUUGAAGCAGUUAACCAAUUGUUUACACACUUUGAUGGCUAUACUAAUGUCAGCAAGAUUGUUGAACUUCAUAAAACAGUGCGCACGCUGCAGGAAAAGCUCAUAGGACAGGUCUUUGCUGACUUUUUAUCGAUUGGACCGUUGGAGUUGUUGGAAAAAAACUUUACAACAGAAGAAGAGCAGAGGGCUGUAUAUGCUAACCUUUCGGCGGCAUGUGCCAUUGUGGAUGCAUUAGGCAAAGCAACCCACAAAAAACUUAUCCAUUUGUUUUGUGAUGUGCAGUUGAUGUCGUAUGAGAGACAAUACGGCGAGGGUGGCGACAUUGGCAAAUGGCCAGACGAAUCUGUAUCCAAUUUUGCGAGCGUACGCGCGCACAUUUUGCUCGUUCAAAUUGGGGUGCAUACUCCGGACAAAAUGGACGUGACAUUAUUGCUUAAGCUGCUUCAGCGUACGAUCAUGUUUGAGUGCGACACAGCCCAGAGAAAAUAUUGGCGGAAAAGACGUGAAGCUAAAAUUAAGGCCCAAAAAGAAGAGAAUGAGGGAAAUGGCGCGUUCUCAGGCGACAAAAGCGAACGUCUCCCACCAAUUCGAGGAAUUGUCUCUCGUUUAUUUGAUCCAUCCAUGACAGCUUAUGUUGCGCUGGAGCGCAAGAAUAUGGAACAGAUGAUCAACGAAGUAAUGAGCACAGACCUUAUGGAACGAAAUGGCCAGCUGCCCGUAUUUUCGAGCUCGAUGAACAUGUUUGCCUACAUCCGCAAUUCAAUCAAGCGGUAUUCCUUGAGCAGUAGUGCAAGUACCAAGGUAAGGCUUUGCGACAAACAGGAAGAAGAGCUUUGUUUUGUGAUUAAUACAGCAGAGUACUGCGCUGAGACCUUUUCGUCUUUAGAAGAAUGCAUCGUGACUAGAUUGGAAACGCUGUUGGACGAUGAACUAGUGACACUUUACAAAGCAAAUUGGCGAGCAUGGGAUACUGUGGGUGACGAAAGCAUGUACUUGAUGCAAAUGGGUGAAAAGCUGCGGGCGUUUGUGCCGGUGCUGCGCCAAAUGCUGUCUAAAUUGUAUUUUACGAACUUUUGCGACAAAUUUGCUACCUCGUUUGUGCCUAAGAUCCUGCAGGCCGUAAUGAAGUGCCGAAAGGCAAAUCAGGUAGCAACUCAGCAGCUGCUACUUGAUGUGUACGCGCUCAAAACACUCUUCUUGCAAUUGCCAGUGCUCGACAAGAGUGUGUUUCCGUCCAAGUCGACGAGCACAGCAACAGUACCGUCGCGCUACACGAAAUUUGUCACUAACGAGAUCGCGAAGGUGGAAAACGUACUGAAGCUUAUUGGCACUCCAAACGAAAUGCUGGUCGAAAGUUUUAAGAUCAUGUGGCCGGACGGUAGUGCUGAAGAUUUUUAA